CCCUGAGAUUGGCCCGGCCCUAGGAGGAAGCUUGUCUCCGGGGUGUGGGGACUGUAUCUGGAUCUCCAGCCUCCUGGCAGCAAUUCCGAGAGGGGAGAAGUGUGGCUUGGCCCAGGCUGUGCAGAAAAUCCGAGGGUCGGGAGACAUCUUGUCCGAGCGGAUCUGGCUCCGGACUACAUUUCCCAGACACCCUGGCGGGUAUAGGGCUGACCCUUCACUGGCCUGCGGGACCCUAGGCCUCCGGGGAAGGGGAAGUGAAGCUCUGCUUUAUCUCAGAGAGGUCCCCAGAGGAGAAGGAGGAAUGGCUGUUGACCAAGCCAAAUACAAGGAGAACAGCCCCAAGGAGGAGUGAUCAUCUCCUGGAAUACGGAAAGCCAUGGCCCAGGGAUCAGUGAUGUUCAGUGAUGUGUCUAUAGACUUCUCUCAAGAGGAGUGGGAAUUCCUGGACCCUGUUCAGAGGGACUUGUACAGAGAUGUGAUGUUGGAGAACUAUAGCAAUCUGGUGUCAGUGGGUAAGGGCAUCUAUCCCAGUAAUUUUGAGUUCUCUGGAAUGUCUGUUUCUUCCACAGUGAAUUUCUCAGCUGCUUUUCGAGCUACCAGCUGAAUUUCUGCUCCCUGUUCCCAAGUAAAUGGUAUGAACUGAAAUGAAAAGGAAGAAUGGGAAAUGGGCAGCUCCAAUUGGCUGUGGCUGAGCUUCAUCUUCUUUGUUUGACUGUUCCUGUAGUGGCAUCUCUUCCUUGAUCAUCAAGGGACUGGAUCUUACUUCUGGAUCUGAUUUACCCACAGCAUAACCAUGUUCCAUAUCUUUUCUUGUGAGCAGGACUUUACAUUCCUAAGCCUCAAGUUAUCUUCUUAUUGGAACAGGGGAAAGAGCCCUGGAUGAUUGGCAGAGAGCUGACAAGAGGCCUGUGUUCAGGGUAUUCGCAGUGGAGAUAGAAAAGCUACUGAAGAGCUUAACUAGAUGAAAGUUGCUGAAAGAUCCUAUGGAGAUCUGGAAUCAAUGUGUGAAACCAAGUUAUUAUCGCUAAAGAAGGAAGUUUAUGAAAUAGAAUCAUGCCAGAGGGAGAUGAUGGGACUUACAAAGCAUGGCCUUGAAUACUCCAGUUUUAGAGAUGUUUUGGAAUAUAGAAACCACUUUGAAAGACAAGUGGGAUAUCAAAAUGGGCAUUUCAACCAAGAAAUAUUCACUCAUGAAUACAUGCCCACAUCUAUUCAACAGACAUUCUUUACUCUACAUCAAAUAAUUAACAGUGAAGAGAAACCAUAUGAAUGUAAGAAAUGUGGAAAGGUCUUUAGUCAGAAUUCACAAUUUAUUCAACAUCAGAGGAUUCAUAUUGGUGAAAAAUCUUAUGAAUGUAAGGAGUGUGGGAAAUUCUUUAGUUGUGGCUCACAUGUUACUCGACAUCUGAAAAUUCAUACCGGUGAAAAACCCUUUGAAUGUAAAGAAUGUGGAAAGGCCUUCAGCUGUAGCUCAUACCUUUCUCAACAUCAGAGAAUUCAUACCGGUAAGAAACCCUAUGAAUGUAAGGAAUGUGGGAAGGCCUUUAGUUAUUGCUCAAAUCUUAUUGACCAUCAGAGAAUUCACACUGGUGAAAAACCGUAUGAAUGUAAAGUAUGUGGGAAAGCCUUUACUAAGAGCUCACAACUUUUUCAACAUGUGAGAAUUCAUACAGGUGAGAAACCCUAUGAAUGUAAGGAAUGUGGCAAAGCUUUUACUCAGAGCUCAAAGCUUGUACAGCAUCAGAGAAUUCAUACAGGUGAGAAACCCUAUGAGUGCAAAGAAUGUGGCAAAGCCUUUAGUAGUGGCUCAGCACUUACUAAUCAUCAGAGAAUUCACACUGGGGAGAAACCCUAUGAUUGUAAGGAAUGUGGGAAGGCUUUUACUCAGAGCUCACAACUUCGUCAACAUCAGAGAAUUCAUGCUGGUGAGAAACCUUUUGAAUGUCUUGAAUGUGGGAAGGCCUUUACUCAGAACUCACAGCUUUUUCAACAUCAGAGAAUUCAUACAGAUGAAAAACCAUAUGAAUGUAAUGAGUGUGGAAAGGCCUUUAAUAAAUGCUCAAACCUUACUCGACACCUCAGAAUUCAUACUGGUGAAAAGCCCUAUAACUGUAAAGAAUGUGGAAAGGCAUUUAGUAGUGGCUCAGAUCUCAUUCGUCAUCAGGGAAUUCAUACUGAUGAAUAAUAAAAACUAAAGUUCUUGUCACCUUCCUGAUAUUUUAAACAACAACAACAAAAAUUCAUGUGUGAUAGUUACCCUCUUUCACUAUUUUUUGUUUCUUAAUUUUAUUUUAUAUUUCUUUUUAAUCCAAAUGUAUUUUACUCUAAGUUAUGAAUUUGGAUUCUAAAUUGACAUUUACCUGUCCCUCUCCCUUACUUCCCCCACCCCAUGUUGUACUAAUGGCAGUUCAACAAUUUUUUCCUUUACUAUUAUUUUGUUCUACCUUCUUGGGGAUAGAUUAUAUUCCUGUUUAUAUUUGCUUGAGUCUCAAGGCUAUGCUUUCUUCUCUGAUAUAUAUAUUUGUACUUAUACCAACAUCACACUGUUUAAAUUGUGUGACCUUGUAUUUUGUAAUUCCUUGUAGAAUUAAUUACAAUAUAACCUUUUUUUGAAGUCACUGUUAGUCUUUUUGUUUCAUUUCACAAAUUUAUAUUUUUUAUUAUAAAACAGGAUAUAAGAAAACUAGAAUUUAAAAAAGCCAAGAUUAAUUGUAAUCGUACCAACUAUAGAUGAUGACUCUCAAGUUGGUAGAGCAAAUCCUACCAGACUUUGUUUUUAAAGAAAAUGUAGUCAUGGUACACAUGUUGCACCUUCACCUGGUACACAUGUGUUGUCUUUUAUAAUGCUACAAAAUAUGAUUGCCACUUCAGUAAAUAUAGAUUUUUAUCUUUAUUGAUGUACUUAAUGACUUUUUAAAAUGACCUUAUUUAUUAUUCAUGUUAUGGUUGCAUCUAAUUGUUUUCAGUUAUAAAAUCUUCCCUGACUAAUAUGACCCAAAAUUUAUCUUUGGAUGGCUUGGUUUUUUCCUUUUAAAACAUCUAUUUUAGUUGCUGAAAUUAUCCAUAUUUUCUCCUUUAUAAACUGUUUUGUUUCUUUUCAUCAACCCUAACCCUAAGCUCAUACUAGGAAGGUAAUUAACUACUGUUACUGGUAUUUUUUAUGCUUCCAGGUUUUUAAAACUUUUUACUUAUAUAUGUUAGUGACAUUUUAUUUUUUAUGUAUUAGUAAAUAUAAUCACGUUCUAUGUAUUGGUUUGUUGUGAGGAUUCAAUGAGUUAAUAAAGUGUU